CCAUCAAUCAAAAAUACCACCUGCCCUGAUCUGCCGCGUUUUCCUAGUCAACCUCUUUUUUCCCAAAGUCGUCGUUUUAACGUUAAUGUCUGGCUGUUAUAAGCCAAGGAACAGGACAUGACCUGAGAAACAAAGUUGGUUUGAAAGUAAACGAGCUGUGUCAAAACCCAAAAGCAGUGUAAAAAAAAAAAAAAGGAAGAACAGUAAAGGAAGACGCGUCGUUUUAAAAAGGCUUGAUCGUCCCCGCUAAUCAAGCACGGAAAGGUAAACUUUAAAGGCUAAGAAAUGGGAAAAGGGACUUGAAGUUCUCACAAGUCAAAUACAGCAGAAUUCAUGCUCUUAAAUCCGACGCUCUCUGUCUCUCUUUUCCUUGGAAAACGGUGUCGUACAAGCGCUUGUGAGAGAGAGAGAUGCCAAUAGAAAGUGAGCAAAAGUCACCGUCCGAUGGCAAAGUUUGUGGAUUUUUUAAGCUGCCGUUUCGGCAAUCCGAUAACAAUACCAGUACGACGUCGUCUUCUUCCUCGGCGUCGAAUCUUCACGGACAAAGUCAACCUCACGUCGAAGGAUCGAACCAUCACGGCUCUGCCAAUUCGGUUUCCUCCGUUGCAAAGUCGCUUUUUCCCUCUCGGCGUCGGCUCAAGCUUGAUCCGGCAAAUAAGCUCUAUUUUCCAUAUGAACCUGGCAAACAGGCGAGGAGCGCGGUCAGGAUAAAAAACAGGAGCAAGUCAUAUGCAGCUUUCAAGUUUCAAACAACAUCACCAAAGAGUUGUUUCAUGCGCCCUCCGGGUGCUAUUCUUGCCCCUGGCGAGAGUAUCAUAGCAACGGUCUUCAAGUUUGUGGAACUUCCUGAGAAAAAUGAAAAACCAAUGGAUCAAAAGAGCAAGGCUAAGUUUAAAAUCAUGAGUCUCAAGGUGAAAGGUCCGAUGGAUUAUGUACCUGAGCUGUUUGAUGAGCAGAAAGAUCAAGUGGCAAUAGAGCAAAUAUUGCGGGUUGUUUUUCUAUAUCCCGGGCGUCCUUGUGCUGCUCUAGAGAAAUUGAAGCGCCAAUUAGCUGAUGCUGAUGCCGCACUUGAGGCAAGCAAAAAGCCUCCAGAGGAUGCAGGUCCAGGGAUUAUUGGGGAAGGACUCGUCAUAGAUGAAUGGAAGGAGCGAAGGGAAAGAUACCUUGCUCGACAGCAGGUUGAAGGAGUAGACUCAUCUUAAAGUGGCAUUUGUCAUGUGAUUGAAGUUUUAUAUAAUCCUCUCUUGCUUAUACCUCUCCAAUCUUUUCAUAUAACGUGAAGGGUCUUGCCUUAUAAGAAUGAUCAGGAAACUCAUCUUUUGUUGUAUAAAAGUAAGCUAAAUUUUCUGUAAUUGGAGACUGGACACUCGGCUAGUUACCAUCUGCUUUGUAGUGAUUUUGUGACCUCCCUAAAGGAAUAAAAUUGUUCUUCAAGAGAUGUUAUAGACUUAAUGGAUUUCGAAGUGAGUAGGAAUGUUUCAAUGCAUAUUCUACAAUGUUCGCAUCAAUUAUCUUUAGCAAACGUUUCACAAUUUCGGUAGAAUAUUUUUUGCGGUGCUUUCGAAAUCUUGCCAAGCCAUUUAGAUAUGGGAUGACAGAUGUUCUCCUUUGAUUUUCCCAAGCCAGAGCAGAUGCUAGUCAUUGUGAAUGCAUAAAUAGUAAUAAUGCUAAAAGACAUCAGGUCAGAUGCAUUUGGAGCCUGUUUCUGGUCAUGAUUUUGGUGCUAAAUCGUUUCUAAUGGUUGAUGAUGUUUCAUUCAUUAAGGGUUUUUUAUUUGGGAUAAAUCCCAGUGGUUUCAGGUACUUAAUGGUAUCGUUGGGCCAAGGGGGCCACAAGUUAAACUUUCUACUUGAAUUCCGGCUGAAGAGUCUGUUUAAAGAGUGAUGCACUUGAAUUACUGGACACAAAGCCAAACCAAUCACAUUUAAUUUAUAAACUAUAGAACAAGGAAUAUAUGCUUGUGCCAAUACUUCCACCUGCUGACAAUAUAUCAAAUCUCGAAAGCCAAAAAGACAAUCUAAAGAGAGAUUCAUAUUCAUAUACUGUGAUUCAUUACAAAGAUUUAUAGGGUCUUGACCUACAGAGUGAUCAUAACAAGCUGCUUUCUGUGAUCUUUUGUUCGGAGUAUCAUAGUCCU